AUAUUAACCUUUUUUUUAUAUAGUGGAUUGUGGAGAGACAUAUCCCUAACCACAUAGUGUCGACAUGGGCUGUGAGGAUGAGAUUUUGGUUGAGAAAAUAUGUGAGCUAUAUGAGAAGAUCUCAAAGCUUGAGAGCCUAAAACCAUCCAAAGAUGUCGACAUGCUCCUCACCCAACUCGUCGUCACGUGCAUCCCACCAUCCCCUAUUGAUGCAACCAAGCUGCCCAAAAGAGUUCAAGAGACGAGGUCCAAGCUCAUUAGGCUCUGCGGAGAGGCAGAGGGGCAUCUAGAGAGCCAUUUCUCAACCAUCCUAGGAUCAUAUGACAACCCACUCGACCAUCUCACCAUCUUCCCAUACUAUUCCAACUAUCUCAACCUCAGUCAGCUCGAGUUCAACAUCCUCACCAAAAACUACGCCCACGUCCCUACCCGGGUGGCCUUCGUGGGCUCCGGUCCGCUCCCUCUCACCUCAAUUGUCCUCGCUUCCCGCCACCUGACCGCCACCACAUUUCACAACUACGACAUUGAUCCGUCCGCCAAUUCAAUGGCUUCUCGCCUAGUUUCAUCCCAUCCGGACUUGUCUAAACGAAUGUUCUUCCACACUGCCGACAUCAUGAACGUGACUGACGAGUUGAAGGACUACGAAGUGGUGUUCUUGGCUGCAUUGGUGGGCGUGGGAAAGGCGGAAAAGGUUCGAGUCAUCAAUCAUUUGGCCAAGUACAUGGCUCCCGGAGCUAUUUUGAUGCUCAGAAGUGCUCAUGGUGCUCGAGCUUUUCUGUAUCCGGUGAUCGAUCCUUGUGACCUUCAUGGAUUUGAAAUGCUUUCGGUGUUUCAUCCUACGGAUGAUGUUAUCAAUUCUGUCGUCACAGCGCGUAAGUUUCCAAUGGCCUUGCACUCACUUGAUCAGAGGCUUGUUGGCCCUAUUAAAUUUCCUUGCAAGUGUUACGAAAUCCAAGCCUUCAAUCCCCUCAACCAGCUGAAGAUGAUUGAAGAGGACUAGAGGACCAUUUCUCUAUUUCGCACUCUCUCCUCCAUCUAUGGUCUAUGAUGUCCUGCGUAUGAAAAUUCGCAUUGUGAUCGACUUUGUAUUACUUUUAAGUUUGUCUUGCUCUUUAUCUGCUUGCUAAGUGUGUCGAUUUUGUGUCUUUUUAUCAAGCUUUUCAAUAAAUAAAUGAAAUGAAAUGAUCUUUCAAUUAA